AACAGGUGUCACAUCUUUACCUGCAGCAGCCUGUUAAGGACACGAAGAAGCAGCGCCAGAGAAGCACCUGGGAAACUACACCUGAGAAUACCAUUAUAAGGAGCUGCAAAUCCCUUUGACUGCUUAAACCUGUUUCACUCAUCUUUUGGAUUAAAAACAAGAAAAACUGCAGAUAUGGACAACAGACUGGUGCUCACCGUCCUGUUUGUGGCGCUGUCCUGGAUGGCCAUGACGACCAAUGCAACUACCACAGCAGCACCCAUGACUACAUCACAUAACAUGUCAACGCACAACAUGACAUCGCCAAUGCCACCGCACAACAUGACAUCGUCAAUGCCACCGCACAACAUGACAUCACCACCACCACACAACAUGACAUCGCCAAUGCCACCGCACAACAUGACAUCGCCAAUGCCACCGCACAACAUGACAUCGCCAAUGCCACCGCACAACAUGACAUCGCCAAUGCCACCGCACAACAUGACAUCGCCAAUGCCACCGCACAACAUGACAUCACCACCACCACACAACAUGACAUCGCCAAUGCCACCGCACAACAUGACAUCACCAAUGCCACCGCACAACAUGACAUCGCCAAUGCACCCGCACAACAUGACAUCGCCAAUGCCACCGCACAACAUGACAUCGCCAAUGCCACCGCACAACAUGACAUCGCCAAUGCCACCGCACAACAUGACAUCGCCAAUGCCACCGCACAACAUGACAUCGCCAAUGCCACCGCACAACAUGACAUCAGCAAUGCCACCGCACAACAUGACAUCACCAAUGCCACCACACAACAUGACAUCACCAAUGCCACCGCACAACAUGACAUCACCAAUGCCACCACACAACAUGACAUCACCAAUGCCACCGCACAACAUGACAUCACCACUGGCACCGCACAACAUGACAUCACCAAUGCCGGGGAACGACACGUCAACACCAAUGCCGGGGAACGACACGUUAACACCAGUGCCGGGGAACAACGCGUCAACACCAGUGCCGGGGAACAACACGUCAACACCAGUGCCAACAACAACAGCUCCUGCAACGGAAGCUCCCUCAGUGGUUGCCAACAUCACAGUGGAAACUCUUGACACGCCCAUUACUCGAACACAAUGUGGGACCGAAGAGCUUUGUGCAUCUGAGCCGGCAGACUGCGACCCCUCGCAAGAUUCAAGUUGUUACUUUCUGUCAGCCGAGACACAAAAUGGCGACAACUUCACCUUUGGCCUCUCGGGGGAGUCGGAGGGCUACAUUGCUGUCAGCCUCUCGACCGACGAAACAGUGGGAAACAACGACACAACCUAUGUGUGUGCAAACAACAAUGGCAAAGUUCAAUUCUUUUCUACUGUCCUCAACAAUGGCAAGCUGACUAAGGCAGAGAGGAACGUGGGCUCUGUGAAAGGCAGCGUCAACGGAAGCAAAAUCCAGUGUACAUUUGUUGCUGAUGCAAUAUCUGCACAGACGAGAGCUGAGGGAGUCGCGGUAGCAAUCUCCACUGGACCUUUCAACAGCAGUUCUGGUGAUCUGGGAAGCCCCAACCUCCUAUUUAAGAGCAACGUUAUAGAUCUGGCAAACCCUAAUGCCACCGUCACAAAUACCAUUUCCAACACCACCAACAGCAAUACCACGACUACGACCGCAAAUCCUAGUAACCAUGGCAUCACUUUCCAGCAAUCACUGAUGCAAGCGCUCCUGAUCUCAUUUGGCAUCCUGGGUCUGACACUGGUCUGAAGAGAAUGAAAACUUGAUGAUUUAAAAACUAUGGACACCCUUCACUUCAAAUAAGCUAGGCAAUCCCCAUCUCGGAGAGACAUUUGCUAUAAACAAGUUAGAUUAUUAGGACAUCAACUCACUGGAGAUGAAAGUAGAAGUGGACACUCGGGUCUUCUACAGCCUCCUGAUUGUCGCCGCAUCUGGUGUAAAAUCUGAAACAGACAACAAAACACAUUUUUCUUUUAAUUUUCACUUCAUAUAACUUUCACUAUGUUAUAUAUAGUCAAAUUUGUUUUGCAAUAGGACAGCUGGAUAUCUGUCCUGUGAGUUUCUGAGUCUCUCGUCCUUAUGUCCAGUGCCUGGCUUCCACCAGUGGAUGUCAACAUGACUGUUACUGUCAGGGAAAAAAAUGUCUUGCAUUAAGAUAAAUUCAUGUGGCAUUUAGGGCUGCAACUAACGAUUAUUAUGUUGAGCGUUUUUUUUUUUUACCAAACCUGGAAAUGUGACAGUCUCAAAUGUCUUGUUUUGUCCAUAAACCAAAAGAAAAAGCAAAGAAACCAGUACAUAUGCACAAUUAAGAAGAAACUUGUUUUAAUUAUUAUUAUUUUUUUUUUUUAAUGCUCCAACUAAUUAAUCAAUUACCAAAAUAGUUGACGAUUAAUCUAGUCAUCAAUUAUUUGAAUAAUCAUUGCAGCCCUAGUGGCACUGAAUUGUUGUAUUUACACAUAUGGUGCCAGCAAAUGGCAGAAGUGUACUUUUGUCUUAUUUCCUUUCAUGUAAAUGUUUGUUCCCUAGAUUGUUUUUAAAAUGAAGCUGUUAUUGGCUGAUGUUUUUUGCGUGUGUGAGAGUGUGCGUGCGUGCGUGUAAGUGAAAAUAUUUUUUUGCACAUCACAUUAUCGAAAAGUAACACAUUUAUUGUAAUUUUUGAAAUAAAGGUUUAUAAACAUUGA